GAGAGGUUUCAUGGUUUCUAUUGGUUAACGCGGCUGCCACUCAACAGAUGACGAUACAGCCGUUAUUUGUUUUGUUGACAUUCGAGUAUCACACCAAAGAGUGGACUUUUGGGUGUCAGAAUCGUUGAAUUAAAUGGCUUCAGCUUACCGAAAACCAGCCUCUUCCACGAGCCAAAGGAAGAAGCCAGGUCUGAGAAAUGAUUUAACUGAAGAUCAAAAACAAGAAAUUAAAGAGGCUUUUGAUCUCUUUGACACGGAUGGGACUGGGAUCAUAGACGUGAAGGAGCUGAAGGUUGCUAUGAGAGCUCUGGGGUUUGAACCCAAGAAGGAGGAAAUCAAGCAGAUGAUUGCAGAUGUUGAUAAAGAAGGCUCUGGAACAAUUGACUUCAAUACCUUUCUUAGUAUAAUGACACUGAAGACGGGUGACAAAGACUCCAAAGAAGAGAUUUUGAAGGCUUUCCGGCUGUUCGAUGAUGACGGUACAGGAAAAAUCUCUUUCAAGAAUCUCAAAAGAGUUGCCAAAGAGCUGGGUGAAAACCUCACUGAUGAGGAACUGCAGGAAAUGAUCGAUGAAGCGGACCGAGAUGGGGACGGCGAGGUCAAUGAGCAGGAGUUCUUGUCCAUAAUGAAGAAGACCAACCUUUACUGACUCCUCGGAGUGUUUUCGUGUCUUCACCUCGGACCUUUUUGAUAUUUCUUUUUCACUCUACAGUUUCUACAGCAGCAUUUUUUCACGACUUUAGUGUGUAAAUAAGUUUUUAACAUUCUGUAUCUUUGCACAGAUUUUCUACACUGCACGACAAAUAAAUAUGUUUCAUCGUAA